CAAUCUUCCUUUCUCCCCUAUUCUGUCCCGGUGUGUGUUGUGCGUUUUUUUUUUAAACAAAUAAAUAAAUCGGUGGUGAUCGGAAUUUUCCCACAAAUUUAUUUGGAGAAAUUAGAGCAGGAUGAAGGUUUUCGUGAAGACUCUCAAGGGCACGCACUUCGAAAUUGAAGUUAAACCUGAAGACUCGGUUACUGAUGUGAAGAAAAGCAUAGAAACUGCUCAGGGGGCAGAAGUUUAUCCUGCUUCCCAGCAAAUGCUUAUCCAUCAGGGGAAAGUUCUCAAGGAUGGGACCACAUUGGAAGAAAACAAAGUUGUUGAAAAUAGUUUUAUUGUCAUCAUGUUAUCUAAGAGUAAGAGCUCACCGGGUGAAGGUUCGACAGCUUCAACUGCGGCCACAGCCAAGGUAGCACAAUCAAGUGCCCCACCUGUUGCAGCUGAGGCUGCAUCAAACCCUCAACCUGCUGUAGCUCAGACAGCAUCAAGUCCUCAACCUCCAGCUGUAACUCCAGCACCAUCAACAACUCAACCUCCUGCUGCAGUAUCUGAUGCUGAUGUCUAUGGGCAAGCUGCAUCUACUUUAGUUGCUGGUAACAACCUUGAGGGAGCUAUUCAGCAGAUUCUUGAUAUGGGUGGAGGAACAUGGGAUAGGGAUACCGUUGUUCGAGCCCUUCGCGCUGCUUAUAACAACCCAGAGAGAGCUGUUGAGUAUCUAUAUUCUGGCAUCCCAGAAUCGGCUGAGGCUCCACCUGUGAGUGGAACUCCACCGAGUGGGCAGACCACUAGUCCACCAGCUCAGCUUCCCCCAUCCACGCAACCUGCUGCUGUUCCAUCAAGUGGACCAAAUGCUAAUCCGUUAGAUCUCUUUCCCCAGGGUCUUCCAAACUUGGGUUCAAACCCUGCUGGUGCAAACACUUUAGAAUUUCUGCGCAACAGUCAGCAGUUCCAAGCAUUGCGAGCAAUGGUGCAGGCAAACCCUCAAAUUUUGCAGCCAAUGCUCCAAGAGCUAGGGAAGCAAAAUCCUCAUUUGAUGCGACUUAUUCAGGAGCAUCAGGCGGAUUUCCUUCGUCUGAUUAAUGAACCUAUUGAAGGAGGAGAAGGGAACAUACUUGGUCAGCUUGCUGGAGCAAUGCCACAAACUAUACAAGUGACAGCUGAAGAGCGCGAAGCUAUCAGACGUCUGGAAGAAAUGGGGUUUGAUCGCGCAACUGUGCUGGAAGUGUUCUUUGCUUGCAACAAGAAUGAGGAGCUGGCUGCUAACUAUCUCUUAGAUCAUAUGCACGAGUUUGAGGAGUGAAAUUAACUCUUAAGGCUGUAUUCUCUCUCUCUCUCUCUCGACUCUCUUUUCUUUAUUUUUUUUUCUUUUUUAAUUGAUACGCUUUGAAUGAGUACAUAUCGUAUUCCUUUGUUCUGGUGUCUUUAUGCUUCUUCUCGAGUGCUGGAGAAGGCAGCAAACUUCAAAGUGUAACUAUCCUGUCAUAUGUAUGCUCCAGUGUCUUCUCUAGAAAACUUCUUCAGUAGUGUCUCUACAAUUGGUUCAUAAAUACAUAGCAGUUCUACUUCCUUGCCAA